AUGGCGAUGCUCAGCUUUGAGAAUCUUGGAGAGCCGGCAAUCUUCCAAUCCUUUUCCCAGGAGAAGUGGAACACUGUGUCCUCGGUGUACUUUAUCCUCACCAGCGUGGCUACUGUGGGCUUUGGCGACAUGGCGCCCGUGACCAGUGUGGGUCGAAUAAGCACCAUCUUCGCCAUCUACUUUGGCCUUGCAUGGCUGGCCACGGUGGCGUACCGGUACAUUGUGGUCAUCGGCAAUCCUACUGGGCUCAUGCUCAGGAAUUUCUUGGCCGAAAUUUUUCAUCCAGACCACGCAGAAGUCAUCUUGAGUCCUGGCCACGUGGGAAUGGACCUCGUGACCGAUUGGUUGCGACAGCUGGGUGCUACAGCUGGCUGGGAGGGGAAAACGUCAAGGCCCGAGAACAUUCAGAUGCUGCCAAGGAUUCACAUCUUUCAGGGCACCGCCUUGAGUGAACAAGACCUGUCCGGGGACUCAGGUUCUGUGAGUGGUGCAUCCUAUCCAGUGGAGGGUCAGCCGGGGAAGCCCCCUGAAUUUUUCUGUCCAAACUUCUCUGCAAAAAAUGGUGGUUCUCCGCCGCUGCGUGUGCGUCGCCGCGCUGGCGGCGCUGAGUCCCUGCAGCUUUUUGGGAGUGCGCGAGCCUGGAAGAAGCACAUCACUGAUCCGAUUGAGGGCCAGGAAGCCGCAGCCCAAGGAGGCCUGGAUUCUUUUCGGUUGGAUGAGGACUUGGAAGUGAUGAAGGGUUUCUCGGUCUUGGUGGACUUCCAGAUGCAAGGCACCGAUGGUUCUGCCCUGGUGUGGAAGGACGUGGACAAUCCUCUCAGCUUCCUGGCAGGCGGCAGGGAGGUGCCAGAGCCCCUGGAUUCGGCCGUCUUGGGCAUGGUGUGCGGUGAAAGCAAGCGUCUCCUGGCCUACGGCGAACCUGACGAAGGUGGAAAGGAGCUCUGGGAGAUCUCCAGCGAAAAAACGGAGAGUUGUGAUCUGCCGUUGACCCUGGACAUCACGUUGCUGGGGAUCAAGGUGAAACAGGAUAGUCGCGGAGUGGUGGUGCAAACCGUCAUGAGAGGUGAUGGCAUCACGUAUCCUAAGUCUGGAGACCGCAUCUCUGUACACUACACGGGGAAGCUGGCGUCAAAUGGUCGCAAGUUCGAUUCCACCUACGACCGAAAGAUUCCAUUUACCUUCAAGGUUGGAGUUGGUCAAGUCAUAGCUGGCUGGGACGUGGCUUUGAUGAAACUCUCCCAGGGCGAAAAAGCGGUGGUGACGGUGCCGUCCGCUUUGGCCUAUGGGCCUCGGGGCUAUGGGAGCCUCGGAGAAGCCAUGGAGAGCACCCAGCGGAAACUGAUCCCGCCCAACUCGGAUUUGAUCUUCGAGGUGCAUCUUGUGAAGGUCCGGGUGUUGUGGGGAAGGACCGGAGAAGCUCUUUGGGUUGAUGGUCGUUGCGAAGCUGACGCAGUGCUGGAGGAAGAUUGCUUCGAAAAAAGGAAUCGUGUGACCAUCAGUGCCGCCACCUGCGUGUCGGGGCACUCUGAGCACUUGGCGAAGUUGGAUACUGAGAACAUCAUUAGGAUGAUGGCAGUGCAGAAAUAUGUGCCAAAGGUGCGCUUCAUCCUGUUGUUGCUCAGAGCGGAGAACCGCAAACUGCUGACCGAGGCUCACAUGGACAACAACGUGACCACGGUGGCAUUUGACCAGUUCAAGUUGGAGAUGGCCGGAAAGUCGUGCAUGGUCCAUGGCAGUGGUCCUUUGCUUAGCAACCUUUGCAAGUCCAUUGGCAUCGACGACGAUGAUGAGGACGACGAAGAUUGGGAAGCUGAGCAUAAGCCACAGUGGAAGAAGGAGCUGCAAGGGGGUGUUGCAACGGUGGAGACACUCCGGGAGUGUUACACCCAGCUGGACAGGUCCAUGGCUGAGGCCGAAGCGGCCGAAGCGGCCGAAGUGCGUGGGCUGCAAGUGGUGCAGCAUCCCAGCGGUGAGGAAUUUCUGAUGAUCUUGGUGCACUACAGUCGCUGGACGAUGCUGGACGGGAGAUGGAAGACGGCGGAUGGCAUCGAACACGCUGUGCACGCCUCGCCGGGGUUGCUGGCGUAUGGGGGCUAUCCCUUUGUCCUGAGAGGUUCUGUAGCUUCCAUAUUCUUCAUGCUGGGAGUUCUGCCUUUAUUCCUGGUCUGUUGCUCAGUGCUCCUGGGACUCUCGGUGGCCGCCUUUGAAGAUUGGCCCGCCGCCAUCGGGGUGGAGUACCUCCUUUCCAACGUCUUGGGCAUGACCCAGCCUCUGAUGGAUAUCGUGCCCACCAAUGAUGCCGGCAUCCACUUUGCUAUCAUUGUCAAUAUGUAUGCGGUGAUUCUGGUGACCACCGCCAUGGGUCUCGUGGCCAACAUGUCCUUGAUGACUGCCUUGGCUGGCAAAGUCCCGGAGUCGACCUGUGGCUUUCUGGCUUUCCUUUUCAUCAUUACCCCGGUGACGAUGGUCGUCCUCACCUGGAUCAUCGGUGCGCUGAUGGCCGGGAUCGAGGGCUGGAGCCUUCUGGAUGGUUAUUAUUUCAUGGCGGCCUCAAUGGCUUCACUCGCCAACCCUGUGGGGGACGCAGUGCCGGAGACGGCCCUGGGCGCCUUCUUCGAAUGUUUGUGCCUGGCGAUUGAGCUGUGCGUUGGUGGCUGCAUCUUGGGGAUGGUAGCAUCGCACCCCGCGACGCUGAAGUUGUGCGACUUCCUGGAAGGCAGUCAGAGAGCUGCCGGCGCGCAGACCAUGUUUCAGCUGCAACUUCAGGACCUUUCCAAGGAAGAUCUUCGAGGGAGACUGAAAUCCAUCAGGUUUGACAUGACUUUGCGCCAGCUUCCAGAUGCUGAACGACAAGAGAUCGAGAAGCAGCUCGGGACUUUUGAUGAUCUUGAUGGUAAAGAGCUGACUGUUGUCUUCGUUAAGAUGUUGGAGAUCCACGAGACGAUUCGCUCAUUCCCGGUGGCCAGUUCAACGGAGGAUGAGCUCCAAGAGCUGCGCGAGCGGGUUUUGCAACUGGAGAAACAGCUGGAGCAGGCUUCAGCAGUGAUAGACGACACUGGACCAGAGGGCACGGCUACUGUGCUGCCUGCAAGUGGGAUCGGCCGAUCGUAG